UUUUUUUUUAUACAUACAUAUUUGUAUAUAGGAGCUACAAAAGAGAGAAAAUCAAAUUCAUCAUUUAGAGACUGAAUUAGAUGAAUAUUCAAGAUCCCUACAUGAUGCUGAACAGCAACUUCAAGAAAAGACAAAUCAAUGUACACAAUUGUUACAAGAAAAUGAAGACCUUCGAUUAAAUGAUGUAAAUAUAAGUGAAUUGUAUAAUAGAAUGUCCGAGCUUGAAGAUAACAAUACCCGCUUGUCAAAUGAAUUACAAAACCGUGAACGUGAAACUGCAACAUUAGAAGCCGAAGUAGAGAAAUUAUUAUCUUAUUUGGAAGAAAAAGGAACUGAAAAUGGAAAUGGUAUGGAGGAAUUUAAGAAUCAAAUAAUCGAUUUUAAAGAAGUAAUUAACGAAAAGGAGGAUGAAAUUGAGGCACUGAAGGAUCAAAUAGAUUUAAUAACAGAAGAAUAUGAACAUAAUAUGCAUAUCCUUGAGGAAGAAUUGACUAAAAAAGAUCAAGAAAACAAAGAAUUGAUGGCAGAGUUGGAAGAAUGGAUUGAGAACUCAAAGAAUACAGAAAGGGACCUUGAAGAAGCAUUAGAGAAACAAUACAAUGAAUUAUCUGUUACAAUUCGUGACCGUGAAGUAAGAAUGGCAACUUUAGAGGGUGAUAUAGAAGCACAGACUGAUACUAUGCAACGUGAAAAGAAAUUAUUAAAAGAGGAGAUUGAAGAAUUAAGAGAUAAAAUUCAUACUAUUUAUAGCCAAUUAAAGGAAAAAGAAUCCCAUAUCUCUGAGUUAACCGUUUUACUAAAUGAUAAAAAAAAUGUAGAUAACCAAAAACAAACUAUUCAGACUGAAAAAUUAAUCGAGAAGAAUAAAAAGUGGCAAGAGAAGGUUAAUUUACUUGAACUUAAAUUAAAGAAAUAUCAUGAAAAAUUGGAUAGUCAGAAUAAUACAAAUCAGAAUUUACAGCUUGAAUUAGCUAGAGUCAUUGAAAGAAAUGAUCGUCUAAGCGCAUUUUUAAAAGAAAUGAGCCAAGAAUUAAAGAACAAAAAUAAUGAUGAAACUGAUAAGUCUAGGAAGAUCCCUUUAAAAAAAGAGCUAGAAAAAUUAGAAAAAUGUUUAGAAGUAGAAAAGAAAAAGAAUAAGGAAUAUGAAACUUUAUAUCAAAAACAAAUUAAAGAAAAUGAAGUGCUUAAAAAGCAGUUGGAACGAAGGGAAACUAUGUUAACUAACUCUCUAUUAGUGCGUGAUCUACAGGUUGCCGUGCCUUCACUAGUAAAUCAAGUAAUGGGAUAAACUAGUAAUAUCUCAUAACUAAUCUACUUGUAUAUACAUAUAUAUAAUCUUAAACAUAUAUAAUGUGCUUAUAUUCAUUUCUCUCAUUAUUGUAUAUUUUUUGUUACCCUUGCAAGUUUUUUAUUUUAAUUCAUACUAUUUUAUAAAGUGAAUAAUAAACCCUGUUAAAUAUUGAGUAUUCUACAG